CCCGCUCCUCCCCCCGGUCCCUCGAUGUCCGGUUCCCGGCAGCGCUCCCUGCCCGAGCUGUGGCUGCGGGACGCGGCUCGUGCUGUUCAGGCCGGGCCGGGGGCGGCCAACAACAGCGACCACGAUGACGACGAGCUGCUGGCGGCUGCGGCCGCGGAGCUGGACCCGGAGCCGAACCCGAACCCGAACCCGGAUCCGGGCCCCGAGGCGGCGGCCGCCGGGUUCUGCCCGUUGGCGGGCGCGCUGUGGAUCUACCCGACCAACCGGCCCGAGCGGCCGUACCAGCUGCGCAUGGCCCGCACGGCGCUGCUCGCCAACACGCUGCUGUGUCUGCCCACAGGGCUGGGCAAGACCUUCGUGGCCGCCGUGGUGAUGUACAACUUCUACCGCUGGUUCCCGUCCGGUAAAGUGCUGUUCCUCGCGCCCACCAAAGCGCUGGUGGCGCAGCAGAUGGAGGCGUGCGCCGAGCUGAUGGGCAUCCCCGGCAGGGACAUGGCCGAGAUGACGGGCGGGACGCAGGCGCAGAGCCGCAGGGAGCUGUGGGCCGCCAGGAGGGUGUUGUUCCUCACCCCGCAGGUCAUGGUCAACGACCUGAGCAGGGGAACCUGCCCCGCAAUGCACAUCAAGUGCCUGGUGGUGGACGAGGCGCACAAGGCGCUGGGGAACCACGCGUACUGCCAGGUGGUGAAGGAGCUGAGCAGACACACCAGGCAGUUCCGGGUGCUGGCCCUGAGUGCAACGCCCGGCAGUGACACCAAGGCUGUACAGCAGGUUGUUUCCAACCUGCUCAUUGCUCAGAUCGAGCUUUGUACUGAAGAUUCCCCGGAGAUUCAGCCUUAUUCACAUGAGCGGCAGGUGGAAAAAAUCGUCGUUCCUCUGGGUGAAGAGCUGGGUGGGAUUCAGAGAGAUUACAUCCACGUGCUAGAAGCGUUUGCCGGACGCCUGAUCAAAAUGGGAGUUUUAUCCAGGCGGGACAUCCCCAGCCUCACCAAGUACCAGGUCAUCCUAGCGAGGGAUCAGUACAGGAAAAACCCCUCCCCACAGAACAUGGGGAUGCAGCAAGGCAUAAUUGAGGGAGAUUUUGCACUUUGUAUCAGUUUGUAUCAUGGUUACGAGCUGCUGCAGCAAAUGGGAACACGAUCGUUAUUCAUCUACCUUUGUGGCAUUAUGGAUGGAUCGAAAGGAUUAACUCGUACAAAGAACGAACUUGGUCGCAAUGAGGACUUCAUGAGGCUGUACCAGCAGCUGGCAGACAUGUUUUCAGACGUGUGUCAGACUUCAGCAAAUGGAAAUCCUCACAAGAGUAAAUCAGUGUCUGAAAGUAAAAAGGAGUUUAUUUACAGUCAUCCGAAAUUAAAGAAAUUGGAGGAAAUAGUGAUAGAGCACUUUGAGUCCCGGAGGAAGGGCGGUUCUGAAGAUCAAACCAGGUCCGGGAGCCCAUCUGUGAGCACCAGGGUGAUGAUCUUCUCUUCGUUUCGGGAUAGCGUGCAGGAAAUUGCAGAAAUGCUGUCCCGGUUCAGCCCAGUUGUCAGAGUGAUGACUUUUGUUGGGCACUCCACGGGAAAGAGCACGAAGGGCUUCACCCAGAAGGAGCAGCUUGAGGUGGUAAAACGCUUUCGUGAGGGUGGCUACAACACCCUGGUGUCGACGUGUGUCGGAGAAGAAGGUUUGGACAUUGGGGAAGUCGAUCUCAUUGUCUGCUUUGAUGCCCAGAAGAGCCCGAUCCGGCUGGUGCAGCGCAUGGGCCGCACGGGGCGGCAGCGGCAGGGCCGGGUCGUCGUCAUCCUUGCUGAGGGGCGAGAGGAGCGGACUUACAACCAAAGCCAGUCCAACAAAAGGAGCAUCCAGAAAGCUAUUUCAGGAAACAAAAUGCUUCACUUUUACCAGCACAGCCCGCGGAUGAUUCCAGAAGGCAUAAAUCCAGAGUUGCACCGAAUGUUUAUUACUGCUGAAAAAUACGAACCAACCGAUUCAAGAAAGCUUUCCAGAGGGAGACCUAGUUCUCUCCACCAUAAAUCUGCUCUCUUCUCCUCUGUCACUGAUCCAAAGGAAAUGCACUGCCAUGGGAACUGGUCUCUGUCACCUGGGGAAUUUGAAAUAUGGGACAGGCUGUACAGACUUAAAGAAAGUGAUGGAGUGAAGGAGCCAAUACUGCCUCGCACUCGCUUUGAGACCUUAGAGAACCUGGAUGAAACAUCAAAACCUGAAGAGGAGGCGGCUCAUAAACUGUCCUUGUCUGAGUGGAGUAUUUGGCAGAAUCGUCCUUUUCCUACAAGUAUUGUUGAGCACUCUGAGCGCUGCUACCACUUUAUCAGUGUUAUGGAAAUGAUAGAAGUGAUGAGACAAGAACAGGGAGACUGCAGCUAUGACCUGGAGCUUCAGCCUCACCUACGCAUUGAAGACGUUCAUGGUCUAAGGAAUAAAAGCCAUCCUUCCACAACCAGUUCCAUGUUAGCUCAGAAGACUCGCUUGUCUAAAAGAGACAUGGCACGCACAAAAAGGACGUUUGUACCUGAUAUCGGUGACCAUGAGAGGGAAUUCUUCUCUAUAUUUAAAACAACGAACACAAAGACUCCCAGAACAACAACUGGGCUGGAUUUGGAGGAGCCUGAGUUGCCUACAGACACCGAAGCUUCAGAGCCCUUCUCAACAGGAAGGUUCACUCCAGUGGAGAGUGCUGACCUGGGCAGCCAAAAGGAGGAGGAAAUAGAGAAGGUGAUGUUUGACUUAAAUGAAUUUAAUGACUUAUGUGACGAUGGUGGAAGUCCUGUAACUCAUGAAAGUGCAGCAGUAGAGGAUCUCGGGUUGUUAGAUAAGUGCUGCAGUUCAGUGGAGCCGAAUCACAGAGAUCUGGGCUAUGGCAGCUUCACAGCUGAGAAAUCGCCUGUGUCCUCUGACUUAUUUUACCUCCCAGAAUCACACGUGGAUUCCUUUGUUCCUAUGAGCUCCUCUGAGGAGCUUUCCAGGCUAGAAGCAGCGUUUUCCCGUGUGAAGAGGCUGUUAGCACGUUCUCCUCCCCCUGUCAGUGAACUUGAAGAUUCUGAAAAGUUGUUGAGACAUGAGGAAACACUGUGCCCUCUUCCACAGCUGUCCUGCAGGAGUUAUUCAGGGCAACUGCCAGACAAAGACUUUCCCUCUUCCUUAGAAGUCUCUCACUCUCUGCUGCCUGCUGAAAGUCCGGAGCUGGAGGUCGCUGCUGACCCAGGUGCUUCUGAUAAUCCCUGCCUUUCAAAACCUGCAUCGUCUUCGCCAGCAGCUGCUGGUGGAGCCAAGGAGAGGCCUCCAUGGGGUGGCAGCUUCCACAGUCUGUUGGGCAAGGAGGGAUUCGGAGCAAAUAACACAAAUAACCCUUCAAAUAAACACUUUGUUCAAGGAGAUUUAGAGCCGAACAAGAAAGAUGUGACUGUUGAUGAAGAGAAGAGUAUACAUCUGUUUGAAGAUGAACAUGUCUAUGAAGCAAAUGAUGAAAUGACGUCUGUGAACGUGGAGCCUUUGCUCAGGUCGGGUUCAGGCAGACACACUGCAGGGCCAGACCCAAAGCUGCUGCCCUCAGGGCCGGGCUGCCCACAUGGGGACACAGCCUGCAGGGAAGGGGCAGCACGGGGGGAAACAGCACCCAGGGGAGCGUGGGGCCAUGGCAGUGUGACUGAGCAGGCCCUGCACACCAGUGACCUCUGUGACUAUUCUCAGGAGCUGUUUUCUGUUAACUUCGAUCUGGGGUUUUCCAUUGAAGAGUGUGAGGAGGAAAUCACUGAAGGCAUGGAUGCCAUGAAUGCCCCCGAGUUAAACAGUGCCUCGGGGAGUCGUGCGGGUGUUCAGCUCACCGCCAAUAGAAAAUCUCUGAAUGAUGGCUGCAGGAUUCAGACAUCACCAAAAUGGGAUUGCAGAGAUCUGGAGGGAAGAAACGUUUCCACACCACGGCUUCAGCAGAGCAGAAACGUGAGGGACACAGCAGUGCCCGGGGGGACACCAGGGGGCAGGACGGGACGGCGGCCACAGGGAGCCUCACCUCCUUCACCUCCUACCCCAACGGGCAGAAAGGUGAACAGUGCUGAAGCUACUAAAAGGAUUUGUAAGAACGUGUUCUCUGCUGUCACGGAAGAAGUUCCAGAGGUUCGUCCUAUGGAUAAAGAGAAUGCAAACUCACAGAGAAAGAGCUUUAGGAGUUCAGCCUUGGAUGCGCUUGAUCCCACUGGAAGAAGAACUGAGAACCUGGAAGGCACCAACCUUCAUACUUCAUGUGUGUUUCCUGCAGAAGGAACCAGCAGUGAAAGUGAAGAAGAGAUUGUUUUCCAGAGGAAAAAUAAGAGAAACAAUGUUUUGAAGUCUCCUGAUGUGAGUCUUAAUGGGGAAAAGAUGAAGAGAAACAAAAUGACGGGAUGCAUCCAACGUCAGAACAAAGCUCCACUCUGCAAUAACUUCUUUCUGUCUGCACAGGUUGUGAAUGACAGUGACUGUGAAUCACCGGUCCGUGCUGUCAGGAAACGCCGACACCCACGGGCUGUGUCCGACGUGUCCAGUGAUGACAGCGUGGAUUUUCAGAAGAUCCCAGACAGGAGCUGCAGGGGCUGCUCAGCAGUGGGCACCACGGCACAGCACAGGGGUGUGAAACGUCCGAAGGUCAGGAGCAGCGUCACACGUAAGGAUGCAGCAAGACAGUUCUUAGAUGAAGAAGCGGAGCUGUCCCAGCAGGAUGAGAGCUGUGUUUCCUCGGAUGAAACUGAAGACACAGACAAGGAGCUGAGCUCCUCAAUCACUCAGUUCCUGAAUGACGACACAGAGGUCACCCAAGUGUUAAAUGACUCGGAGAUGAGAGGCGUUUACCUGAAGUCCGUGCGCAGCCCAGCGCUGGGGAGCAGAUACAAGAUGGUGCAUCGGGAGUUUGACAGCACUGAGAUUUUCUCACAGAUCCCGGAGCAAGACGAGACCUACGUAGAAGACAGCUUCUGUGUUGUGGAGGGGGAGGAGGAGACGUGCAGAAAGAGUGAAUGGAGUGAGGAGGAGGAGGAGGUGUGUGUCAACUUUGAGCUCCUGAAUGAUGAGAGUUUUGGUGGUGCAGGACGGCGGUACCUCACUCGGCGGAGGAAAAAACUACACGGGGCCAAGAUGGAACAGAACCGCUCAGCACCAGUGCAGAAGAAACCAUCCCGGAUUAUUGUCCUCAGUGACUCCAGUGGGGAGGAAACGAGUGUGAGCAACGAGAAGGGCACGGCAACACACUGCUCCAGGGCAGAACAGGACAACCCUGAGCUGCUCACAUCACUGCCUUCAGUCUCUUCUGUGCCACAUAAGAGAAUGGCUGGGGACAGCCGUGGCCAUCAGUCUGCAGACAGUAAGAGUGGGACGCUGCUGGGCUUGAAGGCGGCUGUAUCUGAUAUGCUGGACUUCCACCCGGGGCCUCAAUCCAGCGCAGGGAAGGCGGCUCUCCAUGCUCCUGCCGAGCCCUUACAGCUGCAGCGCUCAGUGAAGGACACUUCCACCAAGGCCCCUCCAGCUCCGCUGGGCAGCGACACUGCGCUGUGUGUCCUGGUGGACAGCCGCGAGAUCUCCUCUGGCGCAGACGUCAUCUCCUCCCUGAAGGCCGUCCAUGGGGUGAAGGUUCAGGUCUGCUCGCUGGGCAGCAGCGAUUACGUUGUCAGUAACCGCAUGGCAGUGGAAAGGAGGUUCCUGUCGGAGCUGCUGAGCUCUGCGAACAGGAAUAAAGUCACCCAGCGCCUGCAGCACCUGCACAGCAUGUUUGAGAGGGUGUGUGUCAUCGUGGAGAAGGACAGGACCAAACCAGGGGAAACCUCGAGGUUCCUGCAGAGGACGCAGCACUACGAUGCUACGCUGGCUGCGUUGCUGCAGGCUGGUAUCCGGCUGCUGUUCAGCUCCUGCCAAGAGGAGACUGCGCUGCUGCUGAAGGAGCUGGCGCUGGUGGAGCAGAGGAAGAAGGCUGCCAUCUGUGUGCCAACAGAGGUGCAGGGCCACAAGCAGGACAUGCUCAACUUCUACCUGAGCAUCCCCAACAUCAGCUACCUGGCUGCCCUCAACAUGUGCCACCACUUCGGCUCUGUCAGGACGAUGGUCAACAGCUCCCCAUCAGACAUUGCUGCUGGUGCCCAGGUGAGCCUGCAGCGCGCCGAGGAGACGUACCGCUACCUGCGCUAUGGCUUCGACGUGCACAUGCUGCCCGAGAAUCUCUGUGCAAAGGGGAAGAGCAGCAGCACCACCAGGAGCUGAGGAGAGGAACGUGGGGCUGCUGAGAGCCCCGGCUGCUCCUUCAAUUGCACUUCACCGAGUGUACAGUCACUGUCAAAUAUGUAAAUAAACACUCAGAGAAACAGUGGGGUUUGGGCACAAUGAGACUGCUGGACAGGGCAGUACCUAGAGCUACUUCCCAUGCUGUGAUGGGAGUGGAGGUACCACAGUGCCUAAAGAUGAGCCACCAUCAUCUCAGCACUCCUGUGCUGCUGCUGGUGUCUGCUUUGCACAGAACACGGAGCAGUUGUUGGGGUUACAGCCAGGAUGGCCCUGGGCAGCUCCAGGGAUGGGGCACCCACAGCUCAGGGCAGUGCUGGGGCCUCAGCAGCGGCUGCUUUAGCAGCGUGUGCUGUCACACAGCAGCAGGCUGCAGCUGCUCACAGGGACACCCUGCCCUCAAGGGGAGCUAGAACUGGAAGUAAAGCUCCUUUAAUUUGUUCUCCCUUUCACCAGCCACCUUUCCUUUGGAGGCAGGGAGCUGGAGCUGUGCUCACACACGCUGCAAGCUCCAGUGGUGCCAAUGGGCUGAAAGGGGUGAGGGAUCCGCCCUCCCUCACUGCCACCUCCUGAUCCCGCUCUGUGCAGGGAUCACUCCUCAGGUUUCCAUUGCAUGAUUUCCCCCCCUCCUCUUAAGAAAUGCUCAGAGCUGCUUCCUGCCAUGUCCAGCUGUGAGUCCCACUGUGGGAAGGAACAGGGCAGGCAGAGACCCCUGCUCACCAUUCAUGGGUUCAAUUAAGGCCAUAUGAAUAAUUGUGGCAGAAACUCAAGCAAUGCUUUCUUAUCUUCUGCACAGGAAUUAUUCACAGGCUUUACUCCACCUUUCCUUACAGUGUGAUUCUCACAGCACACACCUGGUGCUGCUGGGAUGGUCCUGUGCCCACAGUCACCCAUUGCAGCAGAGGGACUGUGAAGCUGCUGCCCCCAGGAAGGCACAGCUGCCCCUAUCUCCAGGUACACAGAGGGCUCAGGGCAACAACCUUCUAGGAAAGAUGGAGCUGAGGAGCCCAGCAGAGCUCAGCAGCCGCUUUCAGAGCAGCUCAGCCCAAUUGUAAGUCCUGCAAGUUUAUCUGGGGGCACGUGAAGGUUUUCCCUGUGAGGAGGCGGCAGAAAGGGGCUCCAGCAGCUCAGGUGUGGGGCCCACAGGGCAACAGCCUGCAGUGAAGUGAAGAGCUACCAAUUAGCUCCUUCCUGUUACCUCCCAUUCAGAGUAAAGAGAUGCUCAAAGCUUUAUUCUUCACUACACUAAAAGUCCUGAGCAGGAAGCACUACUUUACUGUAAAAGAAAAGCGUUCACAGAACAGCCCCGACCCAUUUCUGGCAGCUGCUUCUCUAAAUGCUCAUGAAACUGCUGCUACGUUGGUGCUUAAAAAUGACUCUCAGCAAAGAGUUCAAAUCAACACUAACUGUUAUUAAAAAAUGACUGUACAGCAGUGCUUGGGAUUUUGUCUGAGCGGACCAAGGUGUGGGAGCACAUCUCUCCCUGCCACAGGGGGAACAGGGCAAAGGGAGGGAGGAACGUCAUUGCCCAGGUUCCACUCUGUGCACAGGAGAAGCCAUUCCUCAGUGCUGAACGGCAUCCAGCUGCAGCCACAGCCCCAGGGCAGCUCAGCUCAGCCAAAGCUUCAAGCAGGAGCACAGCAGAGGCGGCUGAAGCUCCCCCUUCUGGCUUUAUACAAGUGCAUCAAUACUGAACAAAAACGCCAGAAGCUCAAAGGGAAAAGUAGGAAUCUUCCUGUUCUUCCUCCGAUGUCUCCGCUGCCUCGGCCACAAAGAGCUGCCCCACAGCAGGGCUCUGCCGUGCUUCUGCAAUGUGAAAGACAGGGAGGAGAGCAUCAGUGUGUGUGUAACUGAGCUGGGAGCAGGUCAGGAGGUGCUGUGAGAGAUGGAGGAUGCUGAGAAGUUACUCAGUGCAGAUGUGAGCACCCACAGAGCAGCAGCAGCAUGAAGGUGAAUGAAGCUGAGUGGAAGGAGAAACAAAACACACUUACUUUUAUCAAGGGUGAACCUGGUUCUGCUCGAAGUUGGUGUGCUGUGCGGAGCAGCAGCCUGCCAAGAAAGGACAAGUCUCCAGUCAGAGCAGUGACAGCACCUCAGGAAUGGGGGAAUGUUUGAGGGGGACAGAACGGGCACAGACACAGCAAUCCAGCAGAACUCACUGCCCUGCUGCCACACCACAUUCCCACAUGAGAUUUAAAGUGCUUCUCUACCAUCAAAUCUGUGGCUAAAGCAGCAGUGCUGUUCUGCUCCUGGCAUUGCAGCUGUUUGUGGAAGGGGCAGAAUUACCCAAGGCAAGGACAGGAAAGGAACACAAAUUUGGGGCACGAGGUGAGGAGUCCCACAUCCUCCCCCACUGCACAGGAAGAAGAUAGCGGGGAAUUUACAGCGUCAGAAAGAUCCCAGAACCCAAAAGCAAUUACAGAUCCUGACAGAGACAGCCUGCUCCAUCAUGGCAACCAAUCACCAAAGUAACUUUUCUCUACAAUACGCAGACACAAAACACAGAAGUUUGACAUCAGUCAGGAAAGGCUCCUGCGUUCCUUCUGCGCCCACUGUGUGAGCCAGGGAUCCUCCUUAGCACAGCCUGCACUGGUACAGGUGGAACCAAUGUUCAGGAAACCAGCAUCACCUGCUGCUUCUUCACUUUGUCCCAGCUGCUCCUGUAGCCCUGAGUCUUCUGCAUCCUGAACACGUGUCUGUCGCAGUCCUUCCUGCAGGCAGCAACAAGCAAGUCAUUGUCAGCGCUGUGCUGUGCUCAGGGCAUCGGCUGGAUGCAGCUCCAGCCAGAAAGAAAAUUAGCAGUGUCAUUAAAAAACUGUUGUUGGCCAAUUAAAUAUAGCAACAGCUCCUGGAGUACGACUCAGUGCAGAAGUGCUUAAUUAAAGCACGUGCUAGAACCAAUAAUGUAAGUAUCAGACAAAACCCCACAGGUUCAUUAUCCGUGAGAUGAAAGUGCCACUUCUCACUAAAGAGGCUGCUGGUUUAUUCCAACAAAACCUGAAGCUUUACUGCCAAUGUUUUUAGUUGCACACACUUAGUUGAGUGGCUCCAACCACAGCUGUCAAUGAAAGCUUUCCCUGAACAAAUACUUGAAGGCCUGCAGCAUUUACUCUGCAUAAUGGAAGUUAAGAAUCCCAAGAGUGAUCUUUCUCAGAAGAAAUGAGAAAGGAAAGCACUGGCAAAGGAACAGCAGCACCAGUUCCCACCUCUUGAUGGGUCCCAGCAUCUCAGGGCUGAUGUGCUCACACUGAGGGGUUUUCUCCAGAGGGAAGACAGCUGAGGAAGGUGUGAUUGGGUUGUUUGCAAGUGCAAAGUCGUCCUCAUCGUCAUCAUGGUUUCCCAGGAAUGUGGGCAACUGCAAAGACACACCAGAGCACUCCAUGAUCUGCCCUUUUCCCAACUGUGCUUAAGAGGCCUCACCACUCUUUGCCUGGGAGCAACCACAGCCAACAGCUGCACUUGGGCUGUAUCCCUCUUGCCAGCACUAACCAGGUCCAGGCUUUGUUCCCUCCUCAGCAGGGAAUCCUCUCCUCACCCCUUUGCUACUGCAGUUGCUUUUCUUGACUGCACUACACAUCUCUCCUGAGAUGCAGAUAGCAGCAGCGGACACAGCAUGCUGAAUGCAGGUGUGUGAGAACUCCACAGGGCAGCCAGCUUAUGGCUUGGUCCUACUUUAACAGUCCUGCAGAUGCCCAAUAUUUUGCUCCCCCUUUUUUGUUUGGUACUACAUAUUAAAAGAAAAAAGUCUGAUUAUUUCCAGGCUCAGCGUUGACCAUUACUUCUCAGGAGGAAGACUGCAGGAUUCUCAGGGAACCUGCAGUCCUCCCAUUUUGAAGGGUGAGAGGAGAACUGGAAGAGAUUCAGAGAGGAGCAUUAUCAAAAGGCCAGAAUAACUUCCGUCACCUUGGAUAUGGAUGCACUGAUUCUUCCAUAGUCAGUCUGCAUAGAUUUGUCACAGGGACUGUGGACUUUCUGUCCACAGAAAGCAAGGAAGCUACCAGUGCUUAAAUUGAUGAUGACAUUUCAGUGAGCCAUGGUGCCACUCUGCUUCUGGAUGGACACCACAUUAAGGCAUCACUAAGUGGAGCCAGUUUGUGCAGAAGCAGCAGGAAGUCAAGCUCCACAUUCUCACUCUCAGCAAUCAAAGAGCUGCAAAAUCAAAUCAGCAGGUCUUUUGGAGGCCUUUGUCUGUUCUUCUGUGUACUUCUGAUGGCAGUCCUCAGCAGAACGAGACCCGACAGCCAUGGCCACCUCCACCCAGAAACCAUCCUUGUGCUUUGGAAACGAAGCAACUGCCCUGCCAAGAGAACGCAACUAUGGCCUUCUGAAUGCAGGAGAAUCCGUGCAGCACUGCUGCGUACCUGAGACUAAUAGUGUGUCCAAGUGCCAGCACACACUGCAUGGGGAGACACCAUCUGCAGGAGGUACCAGAGACACCAUAACACGCAGAUAUUCCUUUGAAUGCCUCAGUUACAAGGUGUUUGCCAUCCUUACAGAGUGAAAGAGUACAACCAAAUCUGGUCAUUUUCUAACACUGUGUGUAUAAUAAACACUGCCCAGCAGCUCAUUAA